AUGCGGAAAGGGGUGCGGCAAGGCUGCCCGCUUGCGCCAUACCUCUUCUUAUGCGCUGUGGAACCUCUGAGCCAGCUGGCGGAGCAGAGAAAGCUGGGAAUCGGAGAGAAGGGCUGCGAGAGACUAGCGUAUGUGGGGUACGCGGAUGACACGACUUGGCUGUUGGAAGGGGAAGCACAGCUGAAAGAGGCGGGGGUUAUGUUACAAGAGUAUGCGGCAGCGUCGGGGCUAAAGGUGAACGCCGGGAAGUCCGCGGUGCUUCCGUUGGGAAAGAACGUGGGGGAGCCUGCGCCGGAUGGGCUAAGCUACAAGUGGAUCGAGAAGGAUGUUGCAGAGAGACUGCUGGGGGUGUGGAUAACACCGGGUGGAAACGCGGAGGUUACGUGGGAGAAGGCAUUCGAUAGGGCGGUGGGGGAACUGAGCAAGUGGAAAUCAAAGUACUUGACGACAAGGGCGAGGGUGAUCAUCAUAAACAGCUACGUGUUACCGGUGUUUCUCUUCCAGGCGUAG